AUGACAACCACGAGAAACGUCCCAUGGGAUCGCCUGAUCCGCUUCGUGAGCGCAGAAGAUGACGCAAUCUAUUAUGGCGAUGCUGUUGUGCCCGACGAAGAUUUCGACAUCGGACUGCCUCAGAAUCUGUCGUCUCUAACCGCCAAAAUCAUCGUCGGCUCCCCGCUGACGGCCGAUUGCGUGAUCACUGACAAGAUUGUCAAAGUCAAGACGCUGUUGGGACCUUUGACAUAUCGUCAAAUUCCUUCUGUUCAGUGUAUUGGAGGGAACUACUUGAGUCAUCUCCGAGAACUUAAUAUCGAACCGCCACGCUAUCCUGCCAUGUUCUCCAAGACGUCGGGGGCUGUAGCAGGCUAUGGGGACGAGGUCGAGAUUCCCAAGUUCAUCCAAGACGAACAGACCGAUUACGAAGGUGAGCUGGCAUUUGUGAUUGCAAAGGAUGCCAAAAAUGCCAAAAAAGAAGAAGCGCUGGAAUAUGUCCUUGGCUAUACCUCGUCAAAUGACGUAUCCGCAAGAAAGUGGCAGAUGGAUCCCGAUCUUGUGGGAACGUUCCCUCCUCCACAAAUGACCUACGGAAAGAGUUUCGACGGCUUUGUACCUCUAGGACCAGGCAUCGUCUCGACAAAUGUGAUUAAAGAUCCGCACACUCUCUCCCUCCUGACAAAGGUCAAUGGCGAAGUCCGCCAACAGAGCAAUACCUCCGAGCUCCAUUUCAACAUUCCGGCAAUUAUUGAGUUCCUGAGUAAAGGGCACACGUUGCAUGCAGGCACAGUCGUCCUGACAGGGACACCCGGCGGAGUAGGAUUCGCAUCUAGACCGCCAAAGUUCUUGAAGGACGGAGACAAGGUUGAGGUGUACUUUAGCAAGAUUGGGACUCUUAUGCACGGCAUCAAAUACGAAUGA